UGGCAUUUGGAUUUUAUUAAAAUGGGACUAUUUGAUGCUCUUAGAGAUUUUAGUUUAUUAACGUGGCUAAGAGACGAAAGACAGUCUCGGAGGCUGAUUCUGUUGAUCGUUUUCAUUGCUUUGCUGCUGGACAACAUGCUGUUGACGGUGGUCGUGCCUAUUAUUCCAAGCUAUCUGUACUCAGUGGAUGAUGAGGCUGCUCAGUCGGUCCGGAAUCAGUCCAUGUCUCCUCUGUCCCCAUCUGGCACCUUUCAAACCAUCGUGUCUCUGUAUGAUAACACAACCCGCCUGACCGGCUUCAGCCCACAGAUGAGCACGGCUAGCCCAAUGACCCCAGCCCCUACUUCUGUGAUGCCCUCUCAAAAUAAGUCUGAAUGCCCCAAAGCAGAUGAUCAGCUUCUGAAUGAGAAUGUGAAAGUGGGUCUGUUGUUUGCCUCUAAAGCAACAGUACAGCUAAUUACUAACCCCUUUAUAGGGCCCCUAACCAACAGAAUAGGAUACCAAAUCCCAAUGUUUGCUGGUUUCUGCAUCAUGUUUGUGUCAACCAUAAUGUUUGCGUUUUCAUCGAGCUAUACGUUGCUGUUUUUGGCCAGAUCUCUACAAGGUGUUGGCUCCUCUUGUUCUUCUGUGGCAGGUAUGGGGAUGCUGGCAAGUGUUUACACAGAUGAUGAGGAAAGAGGAAAUGCUAUAGGAAUUGCCCUGGGAGGACUAGCCAUGGGAGUUCUGGUUGGCCCUCCGUUUGGAAGUGUCAUGUAUGAGUUUGUUGGUAAGACGGCUCCUUUCCUUAUCCUGGCAGUGCUGGCGGUGCUUGAUGGAGCUCUGCAGCUAUUUGUGCUUCAGCCUUCUAAAGUUGAUCCAGAGAGCCAAAAAGGAACAUCAAUUAUUACCCUCAUGAAGGAUCCAUACAUCCUCAUCGCAGCAGGUUCCAUUUGUUUUGCUAACAUGGCCAUUGCUAUGCUGGAGCCAGCUCUGCCCAUCUGGAUGAUGGAGACAAUGUGUCCCAGGAAAUGGCAGCUAGGGGUUGCGUUCCUGCCAGCCAGCAUCUCAUAUCUAAUAGGGACCAACAUCUUUGCCGUUUUGGCUCACAAAAUGGGAAGAUGGCUGUGCUCACUUAUAGGGAUGCUUCUGGUUGGAAUCAGCAUUCUCUGUGUGCCUCUUGCAAAAGACAUAUACGGACUCAUUGUGCCAAACUUUGGAGUUGGAUUUGCCAUAGGUAUGGUGGACUCCUCUAUGAUGCCUAUCAUGGGUUACCUGGUAGAUCUGAGGCAUGUGUCUGUGUACGGUAGUGUCUAUGCCAUUGCUGAUGUUGCCUUCUGCAUGGGCUUUGCAAUAGGUCCAUCAGCAGGCGGGGCGAUUGCACGGAGCAUCGGCUUUCCCUGGCUCAUGACCAUCAUUGGUGUAAUAGACAUCCUGUUUGCUCCUCUCUGUUUCCUUCUGCGAAAUCCUCCUGCCAACGAGGAAAAGAUGGCCAUUUUGAUGGACUCUAACUGUUCAAUGAAGACCCGUUCCUACUCCACCCAGGGCUCCAGCUACCAAAUGGGUGAAGAUUUUGAUCCAGAGAGCCCUGAAUAGGCCUCAUCCAAGCCCUCGGCCAUGUAUGUCACCCAGAGUAUCUAUUUUGUUGUAUGAAAGAGGAAAACCACAAUGCUAACUUGUGAGAAUGUCCCUUAUCUGUCCCGCACUGUCCUGUGGUCGUGAUGGUCAUGUUCUUCUGAAGCAAACCAAAGUUGUUCUUGUUGCCAUUUGUUUUCAAUGUGGGAGAGGUGAAAUAUCUAACCAACAGCCUUAUCAAUAUGGAUAACACUUGUGUGUGAUUUAAAAUGUAGGAUUUGAGAGAGGAUAAAAGAUAAACCCUUAACUACAAUUUUAUUCAGCAUGACACUAUUCAUAUUUUCUCUUUCAAAAGUCAGACAGGGUAGUUGAAAAGAUUCAUUCAGUGUGACGUAACGGACAGAUAUGUAUUGGAUAUUUAUUGUUUGUCUGUGGUGGUAGGAAAAUAUGGUCUUCAUAUAUGUAUCAGUCCUGUUGAAGUCUUUGCAUAGGCGUAAACGUCAGUGAAGGUGGAAUCAGUUAAAUGGAUUAUAUCACACCUUGAAAUGGGCCUUAAAAUGUUGCUAUUGGUAUCAUAAUCAGUUCAAACUGCUGAACAGCUGAAGAACAUUUUAGGCAAAUUAAAACUUUAAUUUUUACAUUUGGGAUCGAUUUCUUUAAAUCUG